AUGCUAACGGACCCCAAAAUGAGGUCCACACUCGGCCUGAUGGGCUCUGGGGAAAAUGCCAUCAAGCGGGAACUGAUCGACCCACUGGACGCGGCUAGCCAUCCCAAUCAUGGUAUUUUGCUGGACGAUCGACUACGGCUCGAAACGAAGAACCUCCCGCAUAGUGAGCUGGCCGGAGAAGCAGCCCUCAUCGGACUCGUCGGACCAGACUCUGGCUGUCCACGAACAGGCCCACUUCCGUAUGCCAACCAGCCAACACAGAACAAGCAACCCCUGCAAGGAUUCGACCAGAUCUGGGGUCCAUCGCGUUCGGACAUGAACCAACGGCUGCAUUCUUCCGUCGGAGGAAUGAGUCACUACUGGCCUGCGUAUGAUAACCAACCCGCGUGCUCUACACCGACGACUCCGGGUGAUCCUCCUCAAGACGGUACAGGUCCAGAUGGUCAAAUCUACACCCUCACAGUGCUGCACGAGUCACCGGAACAUGGUAUCGUUUGGUCGGACACCAACGCCCUUGAAUCGCCGGUUCCUCUGGCACCUGACAUCGCGGAUUCCGCAACAUCGUACGAUUCGCCUGUGGACUGCUUCAACUUCGAUGGCUCCAGCUACGACCUAGCCGAGUACUACUCCACCAAACCUGCAGUACAAUCACACCAGCACCAGCAGCAGCAGAACAGUGUGCCACUGAUGGGCUCCUCCUCGGUACCGGCGAUCGGUGGCCAUCUUCCGCAGCAACAACAGCAGCAUCAGUCCUCGUCCGCCAUCAGCCUACACGGCACUGUAGAAGGGUUGCUGAAUGAAAUCCAGCUGUCUAGCUUCGGUGAACGAGGACCACUAGGGCCAGCCAGCGAUAUAGGUUUGCAGACGUCAAGCCACAGCCUGUACACCGAACCUUCAUCGUACAUGUACACCGGCUUUGCCGUAUCCGACAGUUCCUCUACACAAACUCAGCACCAUCCGGCCAUGCUUCCUUCACUCACGGUGUCCACAACGAGGGAUUCCUCUACCAGCGUGUCCUCGGUCUCAGGAGCGACCGGGUUCGAAGGUAAACUGGACACCAACAAUAACAGCAGCAGUUGUCCGAUGAACCAACUGCCCACUACGGAUCAGAGCGCCAACGGCAGCAGUAGUAGCUCGAGCAGCAGCAGCUCUAGCAGUUCGAGCAGUAGUUCGAGUAGCUCGAGCAGCUCAUGCAGUGACUCAGUAGCAGCCGGUGCGGCCAACAGCGGACAGAAGCGAGGUCGAUCACUUCAUUACUGCUCGAUCUGCUCGAAAGCCUUCAAGGACAAGUACUCGGUGAAUGUGCACGUACGAGUGCACACCGGCGAGAAGCCAUUCUCGUGCUAUCUGUGCGGUAAGAGCUUCCGGCAGAAAGCGCACCUCGAGAAGCACUAUCAGACGCACCUGCACCAGAAGAACCUCACCAAGCGGCCCAAGCCACUCAAGGCGAAAUCUGAUGCACAACAGCAACUUCAACAGCACCAACAGCAGCAACAACAACUGCUACAGCAUCAGCAACCUCAGCAACUAGAGCAGCACCUCCAGCAGGACGCCGAAACGGGACUGCUGUUGAACCAGGUCAAAGUGAUAGGCAACUGCUGA